CGUCCUUCUCUCCAUUUUCUCUCCAAUCAUCAACCAUCUAUUAUUACUACUACUAAACGGUUUUUGUUUUUUUUUUUCAACUCAAUUUUUAGCUUGGUGAAUGAGAUUGUUGAAAUUUGGAUCACAAGGAAGUAAUUGAACUAUGAUUACGCACGAGCAAGAUCCAGAUGUUGUCCGGUGGGGUCUUCAGUUGUUUGACAGUGAUCCCUAUGCGAACUGUGCGUAUAGUGGUGCCAUGCCCCAAAACAACUUAGAUUACUAUCAAAACCAUUACUUCAAAGGUGAUCAGUUUAGUACAGAAUCUGCGAAUGAGGAAAAUCACAAUUUCAAUGCACAAUGUCUCCAGGAAGAACUGUCUCAGCUUUCAGUCGCUGAACCACCUUCAAUGCUCCAUCAAAUGGCAGAGCAUACACAACCACAUUUUUAUCCACAAGACUGGUUUACUCAACCUAUGGGGAACUACAAUAUUGGAGAAGAGAACUGUGAUGAAGAAGAAACUAAUGAUGGAGCUUCCACUUCAUGCUCUAGCCCAGGAGAAGAGUCAUAUACGGGGGAGGACUGGUCGUAUUCACUUGAAUUGGCGGAUGAAUAUGAUCUUGAUGGUGAAGUAGGGAAACGAUUGAACCAAAUGAUUCCAAUUCCUCAUAUUCCUAGAAUUAAUGGAGAAAUACCGUCAAUUGAUGAGGCAACCUUAGAUCAUCAAAGACUUCUUGACAGAUUACAGGUUUAUGAACUAGUCGAAUUUAAAGUUCAAGGUGAUGGGAAUUGUCAGUUUCGUGCUUUGUCAGAUCAAUUUUACCGCACCCCUGAGCACCACAAAUUUGUCAGGCAGCAAGUUGUGAAUCAGCUCAAGUCAUGCCCGGAGAUAUAUGACGGAUAUGUUCCCAUGGCUUAUCAUGAUUACCUGAAGAAGAUGUCAAAGGACGGCGAGUGGGGUGAUCAUGUAACUCUACAAGCAGCUUCUGAUUCGUAUGGUGUAAAAAUAUUGGUCAUAACAUCUUUCAGAGAUACCUGCUACAUUGAGAUACUUCCCACCAUUCAAAAGUCUGAACGAGUUAUUUUCUUGAGCUUUUGGGCCGAGGUUCACUACAACUCAAUAUAUCCCGUACGAGAUAUCACCGCGGUUGAGAUGAAAAAGAAGUACUUAGCCAUUUCAAACGAACAAUCGGAAUCUCAAGAUGGUUACCAAUGAUUGACUGCUAAUACAUGAUGUUUGGCUACAAUGCUUCUACAAAUUACCAAUAACCAGCUCAGGUGCAACCAUUUUUUUCUUGACAUUCUUUCCCAAGAGCAAUAUUUGGUUUGGGGGGUUGAAAUUGCAUUAUUCAUCUUUGCUAAUCAAGCAGCAAAUCUAAAAUUAUUUUUCAAUAUUCUUCAUUAUGUUUACCUAUAAUGCAUCUGCAAUAAAUACUCAGAUGCAUAUUACCUUCUCUUAACUUUUACUAAUAGUCAGAUGUACAGGGUGAAUAUCUGAUUUCUGAAAGUAUCAUAUUUAUCUCAUUAAAGUUAA